GAUUUAUUUACAUUUACUGUCAACAGUUAAGAUUAACAACAACAAUAACAAUGUCAACACGAUUUGCGUGAAUGGAAAUAACGAUAUCUGCUUCGGAUUAAUGGAAGGAACUGUUUUAGUGUACAAUAAUAACAAAUUCAACUGCUCCUUUAAGCUGAAAAAUUCGCCAAUAACACUAUUGAAGUAUUUCAAGUCGGAAAAACUAUUCAUCUGUAAUAAGCUGGGAGAUGUAUACCUGUACGAUAUAGUUAAGAGAUCCAAGUUGGCAUACUUUCAAGACCACACGACAUACGUUAAGAGUCUGAACUAUAUAAUCACAAAAGAAAACGAAAUAGGGGUAAUAACACUGGAUAAUGACAAUAUUAUUAAUUUGUGGUCUUUGAGUACCCGUGUUGAUAAAUCAGGAAAAAGUGAAGAUUUAGUUAUAAAUGUGAACAGUAAAAACGAACCGAUUAUCCCUUUUAAGAGAAUAAUUAAGCACGAAAACAUAACAUCGAUUGAAGUCGUGACUGGGAAACUGAAUGAGGAAAUUGAUUCUAAAAAGAAGGGUUCCUGGCUGCUAUUGAUCAUAGAAGAGUCUGGCCAACUGUACUAUUUAGACCCAAUAAACGAAUCAGUGAUACAUAAAAACACAGUCAUGUACGGCUUUGGCCUGGUAAAAAGAGUUGACUUCACUAAGGAUAUGAUAAUGCUUCUGAGCUUAAAUGGAACAGUAUUACUCUACGACAAGUGCUUCAAUUUAAUUAAAUCCUUCCUAUCAAACUUCAAUAACCUGUUCCAGUUCAUACUAGUCCCAUCAAAUAACAGUGAAAAGUUAAAAGACCCAGAAGACUCCGAUGAAGAAUUUGAUUUGGAUGACCCAGAAGAUGCUCAAGCUGAAAUUGAAAAAGAUUUACAAGUUCAUAUUAGAAAUUACUAUGAAUACAGCUUGUUUUGGUACAACAAAUACUCCAUAAACUACAAACUGAUGAUAAUACUGAUUGGUGACGAGGUACUUAGAGUAUUAUUGCUGAAUAGCACAAACGAAUUCAUACCGCUGGGACUCCACAACACAAGCCAUACACAUAAAGAUGUAAUCACAACAAUUCACUACAACAGGGAAAAAAACCUACUCCUGAGUGGUUCCAAGGACAAAUUGAUAAUACUAUGGGAUCUGAGCAAACUAAUGCAACUAAAGCUAAUCAACACAAUUUAUAUAGUAACCUCAGUCCUGAUGAUCCCAAGACCAAAUAACACUCUAGAUGUAAUCUCCAGCAACAACAAUAUUAUUAAUUUGUACACAGUUAAACUUAGCGAUUUGAAACAGGAAUUGGUUGAGGCAUCUGGGGAGAGUACUUUAAAUAAUAAUUUACACAAUAACAUUGCUGGAAAAGAUGGAGAGCUUGGUGACUUAAACGCCGAUAAAUCAAACCACACAUGUGUUGUCCACAAAACAAAUAUCAAUUACUUAUCAAUAUCCCAUAACCAAAAGUACAUUUCCAGCUGCAGCAGCGACAAAUUGAUAGUGGUACACUAUUCAAAUAAUCUAAUAGUGAAGGGGAAGUGUAUUGGCCAUCGAAAAUCAGUAUUAUACACAGAAUUCAUGAAAUUGACAAAGACACUCAUCAGCACAUCAAUGGACCAAACAAUCAGGAUAUGGAAUUUGAGCAAUUUUACAAAUAUCAAGAUAUUACAGGGGCAUAACAACUCGGUGAUGAAAGUAGUAUUACUAGAUAACAACCUCCAAUUACUGAGUUGUGGACUGGACGGCUUUGUGAAAUUGUGGAAUUUACCAACCUCAGAAUGCAUACAGACUCUGAAUAAUCAUGAAAACGAUAAAAUUUGGGACAUUGAUUUACAUAAUAACCUCCUGUAUAGUAUUUCCAACAACCUAAUUGUGGUCUAUGAAGACUCGAGCAAGGAGGAAAGAAGGUUAAAAGUGAUGAAAGAACAUGAAGAAGAGAUUGUAAAAUCACAAAUAAACUCACUGAUGCUGGAAAAUAACUAUAGAGAGUCUUUGGCACUGUCAAUAAAGCUCAACAACAUUAAGUUGACCAAUGACAUAUUGCAAAAGUUCAGAAAUAAAGUGAUUUUUCAGGGACAAAAGUUAGAAAAUGACCCAAUAGACUAUAUAAUAGAACGAAUUAGAGAAGGGGAUGAAAAGUUAUUGAAUAACUUAUUGAACUUUAUUAAAAUAUGGAUCACUAACAGAAAGGAUUACCUGCUGGCAAACCUGUUCAUUAACAAGCUGUUAAAGGAAUUGAAAAUAGAACAGCUGUUAAAAGUUGAAGGGCUACUUGAAACCAUAGACUUCUUACUAUAUAACCUAUCCCACCACCAGAAUCGCUUAACGAACCUUCAGGAGAAGUCCUACCUGAUGGACAUGAUCACACACGAUAACACUCUGAGUGAAUUGAACUCUAAUGCAGUAAAUGAAGUUUUAUACAACUCAAAAUAAUGUAAUAAAAUGGAAUA